UCUCGAGCCUCCAGCCUUCCACUCUAACUUCUCGCUCUCAAUUCUCAAGUCUCCAGUUUCCACCGCGAGCUUCCGGUGCAACUUCUGUCCAGCCACCGCCGCCGUUACAACGUCCGUGGAGCAAACGUUAGCCAAAUCUGUUCGGGCAGCAACUCUCCGUCGCGGUCAGCCGUCGAAAUCGCAGCCACCGCCAGCUCCACGUGCCGUCGCGCAGUGUUUUCCCGCCACCGCCAACUCUGUUCGACCCUUCCACUAACCCUAGCAUGAGAAAGGAUAGAGGCGAUCAACAGCCGGCGGUGAGAAAGGAUAGAAGAUGGAGAUGCUAAGAACAAUGAGAAAUUGCAGAGAGGAAAGCAUGCAUGAGAGAUGAACUGGAGAUAGAUUUGGGAGGAUAGGGGAUGAAUUUGGAAUUUUAAAAAUUAAAUAAGAGUAAAAUUGUAAAAGAGUAGUGUCUCAUAAUGUAUUAAUGUCUCAAUUAUUGGGAGGUACACAAAUUUAGUAUCUCUAUGUCUAUCGGUCCUUUUUUGUGUUUAUAAAAAAAUUGUGUCUUAAUAAAUCAAACAGAGACGCGUGUCACCAUGUCACUUACGAUCAACCAAACAGGCAAACACUACCUUGAGUAUUAACACGCGCUGACGCGCAGAAGAUCAACGUGAAAUGGAGGACCAACUCGAGCUGAACCCUAACUCGCUCAAUGGACUCACUGAGUCCAGCGCGCUACCGCACUCGUUAAAAGAAGUCGACGACGAUGACGACGCGCCUGUUCUCAGCUCGCAUGCCCUCGCCGCACUCAAGGAGUUCCUCUCCGAGCAGCAGAGCCACCACUCCGCCUCUGCAGAAGGAGAAACCGCAACCGCCGUCGAAGAAUCCAAGGUUUCUCUGGUUUCGGAGGAUUGGAGGUUGAGUCAGUUCUGGUACAGCGCGGAGACCGCGAAGACCGUAGCUGAAGAGGUCCUCAAGCUCUGCAAUGGCAGCGUCAAUUCUCCCGUUGCCUGCAUCGCUUGCCCUACCCUCUAUGCUUAUCUCAAGAACAUGGAUCCUAAUGUUCCUGCACAACUUCUUGAGUAUGACAAACGUUUUGAGCAGUACGGAAGUGAUUACACAUUUUAUGACUACAAUCACCCUGAGGAGUUGCCACCGGAGUUGAAGCAUUCCUUCAAAAUAGUAGUGGCAGAUCCUCCUUACUUGAGCAAAGAGUGCUUGCAGAAAGUUGCUGAAACAAUUUCUGUGCUCAUACAACCUGGAGAAUCAUUUUUGCUUCUACUCACAGGUGAAGUGCAGAGAGAAAGGGCAGCCGAGAUAUUGGGAUUGCAUCCUUGUGGUUUCAGACCUCAGCACUCAAGCAAACUUGGAAAUGAGUUUAGGCUAUUCACAAACUAUGACCCUGGAACAAGACUAGGAGGGUGGGAAAGAUAGGUAUUUAUGUCCCAGUAGCUUCUCACAUACUGAAUUAUCUCAUGUAUGCUAUAGAUUUUGUCUUGAUAUAGUUGUGGUAAGUUCCUGGUUAUGCACUAGGAAGAUGAAAGAGUUGGAAUCUGGUUCACAAUGCUUCAGUUUGCCGAUUUCACAUUGUUUGGCACCAAUGAAGCUGGUUUUCUUGGAAUGAUGAUCAAAUACAAACCAAUAUUUUCUGUUGUGACGUGAAUGUUGCCUGAGUAUCUUGAACAAGGAGCAUAAUUUUGACUUUGCUGGUUAAGCUAUUGUACCAAUGCUUCCCAAGAAUCUUAGUUUUGUUCAUGUUUUGAACAGUUAGUUGUAUUAGAUUGUGAGACAAUGGUUUCUUUAUAGCCAAACUUCCACUCUUCUUCUGUUAGUGGAAGGUUGAGAUAAAUCUUUGAGCUAACCAAUCUAAUCUCAGUUUACAUACUUUGUUGCUUGCAAAUGAUUUUAAUGAUACUUAACCUUCGUGACAAGAUUGUUGAAAUGAGA